UCAUGAUCUUUGGUAAUGAUUGUUCUUAACAAAUUUUUCUGCAGAAGUUGUUUGCCGACAGUCUGCCGCCGGGACGCGGAGCGUGUUGUGUCGGGUCGGCGCCGCGGUGCCAAGCGGAGAACGGUGGCAGAAUAGCGAGCGAUCGGCGGCUUUCCCCACGAUUGUGUCCGUCACGCCCUCAACAGUGGAUGUAUUUCGAAUAUCUUCGGUGCGACAUUGGGUACAGGCGAUGGUCAAUCCCAACUCUGCCUCUGCGAAGUGAUCGGGCUUCUGUGAAAUCGGUUCGUGUCUGGCUGGGCAAGUGAUGCCUAUUCAUUCCUGCCCACUGGCUGUUGGAGGGGAGCGGUAAAUUGUGGGGAGACUGUUUUCUUCGGCGAAGUGGUAUCAGUGUUAGUAAGGCCCCAGUGUUACCAUGACGACCGUGGUGAUGGAACAGAUUGGUAGACUCUUCAUCAAUAUCCAGCAGAUCCGUCAGAUCCCAAGCCUGGUGGAGCAGUCCAUUCCCAGCCUGCCGUGCACCGUGAAGGAUUGGGAGGUGCCGCGGAUAUUCCGGGAGCCGUACAUCCACUCUGGCUACAGACCGGUGGAGCAGAGCUGGCGAUACUACCUGUUCACCUUGUUCCUGCGGCACAACGAGUCCAUCAAUGUCUGGUCCCACCUCUUCGCUGCGCUGAUCAUCCUCCUGAAGCUGCAGGAGUUCUCCCGGACGGUGGACUUCUGGUCGGACCGGCACGCGUUGCCACUGCUGAUCCUCCUCCUCUCUGCCUUCUGCUACCUGACCUGCAGCUCCCUUGCCCACCUCCUGCAUGCCCGUUCGGAGCUCGCCCAUUAUUCCUUUUUCUUUGUGGACUACAUCGGUGUGGCGGUCUAUCAGUAUGGGAGUGCUUUGGUCCACUAUUACUACUCCAUUGAAGAGGAGUGGUACCACGUCAUCAAAAUGUUCUACCUCCCCAUGGCCACCUUGUUGGCUUGGAUGUCCUGUUUAGGAUCCUGCUAUGCAAAAUCUAAUGCCAAGUUGCUGCACCCUUGGUCACGCAAACUCUACCAGAUAGUCCCAGCCGGGCUGGCCUACAUGUUGGACAUCAGCCCUGUGGUGCAUCGGAUAUAUAGCUGCUACUCGUCGAAUUGCACUGACACUGCCAUUUGGUACCACCAAUGCCAGAUCAUCUGCUUCCUCGCAAGUGCUCACUUCUUCUCGUGUCCUCACCCAGAGAAGUGGCUCCCCGGAAAAUGCGACAUCUUCCUGCAGGGGCAUCAGAUUUUCCAUGCCUUUAUGGUCCUCUGCACCCUGGCCCAAUUGGAAGCUAUCCAUCUGGAUUACAAACACCGGCAGCAUUUCUAUCAGACGUGGCAUAGCGACUCCACCUGCUCUGUGCUGCUCUGUCUCGCAGUGAUCGUUUCCUCCAGCGUUGUCACUGCCGUUUACAUGAGGCACCUCAUCAAAAUCAAACUCGGCCUCAAGGAGAAGUGAAGAUGGGUGCUUCUCAAUCCAGCAUCUCACCUAUCGUGAAUAUACCAUUCAUUGGGGAGUGGCGGAAGGGUAGCGGAAAAACUGACUCUGGUUUCCAGCUGGCAGUGGACUCUGUGCCUGGGAGUUCGAUUCUUGGACUGAAAUCAACAAUGAUUUCUACGGCAUUUUCACAUGAGACUGGCCGUGAUUUUUGGCAAGCAUCAAGGACGUGCAAGGAUUUGUCAAAUACUGUAAUACUGAAUGCCUUAUAUCUUUACAUAGCACCUACCUUGUAAUUGGUGAAUUUGUUCAGUUGGCACCUGUUCAAGCAGAGCAGGGCCAAGCGUGGUCAUGACUCCCUGCGGAGCAGAGUUGGCCAAUGAGUAACUGCUAGCUUCUGGUAUCUUUAUCCUUUCCGGUUCUGAUAAAUUUGAAACAGUUACUGUGUUUCUCUUUGAACAUGAUUUGAGAUUAGUGGAAUUUAUAAUAUCCAAAGUUUACAUUGAAUGCACUACACAAUGACGUUGGUUGAUGCUGAGAAAGUCAUUGAUCUAAAUCAACAUCAAAAGCCAAUAUCUGGAUGUGCAAGGAUAUGAAGUAUAUCAGUGUUACAGAGCUGUGGCUGAUGUGGAGAUAAUCAGUGCUGUCCACGUGUUAAAAGGUGUACUGCAGUAAAGAAUUAAUCUAUCAUAUCUCCCAGACCAGAAUGCUCUCAAUUAUCAGUUCCAUUCCAGCCCUUUCUAUUCACUCCCUGAACCACUGAAUAGCUUUUGGCGAUGUUCUAUAUACCUGUAUUUCCUGAUCAGUGCCAUGAUAGUGUAAUGCUUAGCCCGACGCUAUUCCAGCUCGGGGCGUUGGAGUUUGGAGUUCAAUUCCACUGUCAUCUGUAAGGAGUUUGUAUGUCCUCCCUGUGGAAUGCGUAGUUUUCCUCCAGGUCCGCUGGUUCCCGCCCAUAGUCCAAAGACGUACCGGUUAGUAGGUUAAUUGAUCAUUGUAGAUUGUCCUGCGUUUAGGCUGGGAUUAAGUUGGGGGUUGCUGGGCAGAGUGGCUUGAAGAGCCUAUCCCUGAAUAAAUAAAUGAAAUCAGUAGAAGGAGACCAUUUGGUUCAAGUCUACAUUGGCACUCAGACUAAUCCCAGCCACCACUGUUUUUCUCUGUUACUUAUCCUCCCACGUUUCCUUCAGCUUCUCCCAUCCCCUCCCCAAUUUUAUCAUGUGUGUAAGAACUAGGGGCAGUUUGGCCGGGUAACCUACCAAAUUGCACAUUUCUUAGGAUGAGGGAGGAAUCAGGAGCAUCUGAAGGAAACCCAUGUGGUCACAGGGAAAAUGUCAGAUUCCACACAAAGUUCUCAGCGGAGCUGUCAGUCACCAUGAGACUACAGGUUUGAUCUGGCUUGUCUCAGCUCUCUGUGUAUUCAUUAUCACAGGAGGUAGUUGGACGUUUUAAACAACUUCCCUGCUCUGUAAAUAAUGCCAUAGGAUAUUUAACAUGCACCUGUGCAAACAAUGUUGGUCAUUGGAUAGCUCUGAUCCUGGCCGACAACUCUUCAGAUAGUUGGUGCCUGCCCUUGCCAAACAUUACACAUUGGUAUUACUGAUGGUUGACUCUUGAGAACUAUCGAGGCUGUCCAAAUGUGAAAGAACAUUUUCUGUCUGUGUAAUGUUGUGCUCCUCAAGUUCAAAGUCAAUUUUGGAAAAUUAUGUAUUUCGAUGGCAUGCCAGGAUUAAACACUUCCCGUGUAAUUAUGGUCACUUGGUGUUUUGCCUCCUGCCAAGUCUGAACUGUGCCGGAAACCUUCCCUGUCGGUUCCAUGUACAACAGUUGCUGCUUCUGUGGCUCGUGAAGAAAAGAUUGGAGGUGCAAACGAUUAUAAAGUAGCAAAAAUGGAAGCUUGUGUAUGUCUGCUUUAGUGACGUGGGUUGAGAGCUGUCAGUCUGUUUCCCUUGAAAUAAAUGUCAUUAAAUUUUCUGUGUUCACCUGAGUUUACAGCACAUCCAGAAAAUGUGUGGUCUGGGGUAUCACGCAAAUUUUUUUUUAAAGUAAUGGGCUGAAACAGGAGUGCAUCCAGCUAAGCCAUGAAGGACAACCACCCAAGAGCAGAAACCGCUUGCUGGAUACAGCGCACAUAAUGUUCAGUUGACCUCAUUGUUCACAAAGAGUGAAAGGUUACGCUGAACAACUCCUCUGCUGUUUUUUUUCCCCUUGUUGCACUGUUUUGCAAUACUCCCGCUAUGAUAUUGGAAAGGAAGAUGAUCUUUGUGGUUGCCUUCUAUUUCCAACUGUUGGGGAGAAGGGGUGAAGCUCUGGGUGUAAUUGACUGAGGCAGCACUGUUUAUGAAGCAAAACUUUCAGCCUUUCAACAUGUGUACCCAUGCAAA